AUGGCUGCUAGCCGCAGGGCAUGGCAGACUGCGGCAAGGACUGAUGAUCCGGGCGAGCCUGCUGGUGGGGGAGAGGGUCAUGAAAGCUCAGAUCCUGCUACCACUAGACCUAGCAUGCCUGAAGAAGAGAACUCCAAUAGUGCUGAAGACCCCAUGCCUCCUGACCCCUGGACUGAAUGGAUCCUACGUCAUAGAGAAUUUGAAGGGCAUCCUCCCCGUAGACGUGAAGGGCAUCUUCCUGGUUCUUUUGGUGUUUAUAGGCCCCCUAAAAAUGAAUCUGGUUCGGGAUAUGAUUCAUCUUGGAGCCGACGCAAUAGCAACGGGUGGUUGUCCGAUGGGGAGUUGCGCAACUUCAAUGUGGCUCAGGUACGACACACCACGGCCAUGAACAACGGCAAGUGGGCUGGAUCCUACGAUGAGGCCAGGCGCGACCGGGAGUGGCUGAUGCAUGAGAUGGACGGAGGGCGCGACUUGAAGCCCACCGAAAAGAUCUCUGUUCCUGAGUUCGGUGGGGAUGGUGCCAACGACUCUGAGGUCGGAAAAUCGGCCAGAUCGUAUGUGAGAAAAGUGCAAGUUUGGUUGCGGUGCACUCGUUUGCCGCCCAGCCAGAGGGCGCUUGCUCUUUAUAGCAACCUCUCUGACAGGGCCUGGGUGUACGCCGAGGAGCUUGACAUGGACAUCCUCGGCUCCCCUAGCGGGGUUGACUACUUUCUGGAGUGGAUCCAGACUAGAUUCAUGGAAGUUGAGGUGUCGAAGAUUUCUCAAAUGAUGAAUGACUUGUUCAGGAGAUGCAAGAAACGUCCAGAACAAUCAGUCCGUGAGUUCAACGUAGACUUUGAGAGAAUGGUGCUGCGUCUGCAUGAGGUCAGAUGCGAGUUGCCCCCCUUGGUGAAAGCCUGGCUCUACGUGGACAAGCUCCGGCUGAGCGAGGCAGAAGAGCUUGCUUUGUUGGCGAGCUGCAACAACGAAUAUGAUUGCCGCCGUUUGCAGCAAGCGGCGAUGAUUCAGGACCGAACCCUUCGGCAUGGUUUUGGUGGGAGCAACAGUGCCCCCAACGACAAGGGGUGGAAAGGCAGCCGCUGGAAGCAAUCGGUGCACAUGACCGCCGUGCAGGAUGAUGGCGGCACCAGUGAUGAAGAGAAUGAGCCCAAUGACGAUGAGAACAUAGAGUUGGUCGACGAGCAAGUCGCCCAAGAACAUCACUCGGCCUACAUGGCCUAUCAAGGAGCCAAAGCUCGCUGCAAGGAGACUGUGAAGGGCCGUGGCCUCGACUCCGAUGCCUUUAAGCAGCGUGCUGAGGAACGGCUGCGCCUAGCUAAGGCUCGCAGCUACUGCUCGGCGUGCAAGCGCAGAGGACACUGGCACAAGGAUGAGAUCUGCCCCCUGCGACAAGGUGCAAAGAAUGCCUCUGCCCCGGAUGAGAAGCAGGUGCACUUCACCUCUAGCCGUCUUCAUGAAUGCCAUGCUGUGGUGAACACCUGCUUUGCGACGACUGCUGGAGAGCUUGAACAUGGUCGAGGUGAUGAGUUUCUCGCCAUAGUUGACACGGCCUGCACCAAGUCGGUGGCAAGCUAUCCUUGGUUUGAGAAGUUCUACAAGACAGCAGAUGCGCUGGAGAUUCCUUUCCAGAUCCUCGAAGAGAAGGACAGCUUCAAGUUCGGAGCUUCCAAGGUGUUCGUGUCACAGUUUGCAGUGAGAGGGUGGUUUGCCAUUUGCGGACAGUGGCUUGCUGUGAAAGUAGCCAUAGUCCCUUGUGAUGUUCCUUUGCUUUUUAGCAAACCGGUUUUGACCAAGCUUGGUAUGAAGUAUGACCUUGCUUCCGGAACAGUGUCUCUUCCUGCUUUAGGAAUCACUGAUUUGAAGGUACAGAAUAGCGAAACGGGCCAUCCGGCUCUGGCUGUGUCUCGCUUUCCCGAAGAGCCUCCUCCUGUUUUUGAGGGCUCUCCGAACGAUGAGAUCUGGGUGGCCGCUUGUGAGGUUUACAUGAGUGCGGAUGUUGCAUGCCGCAGCCCAAAGACUUCGAUGCCGCAGCUCCUGUCGCCUUGGAAAAUGAACAAGUCUCAGCUCGUGGAGGAACUGAAUCGCCGGGGGGUACCUUUUCACCCUUCUUGGCUGGUUCCCGAGCUUCGACAGAUGGUGGUGGAGAUCCGUCAACAGGAGAAGCCCAAGGUGGAGACCAGCGAAGCUCUCCAGGGUCUGUCCAAGUGCUCCCUCGACGAGUUGGUCAAGAAAGCCACGGCCCAGGGGAUUACCAUGCCGGACAAGCCGACCAGGGGAUGGCUCAUGAGGGCUAUCAGAGAUGCGAGCAACACUCCGGCGGACACAGUGGUCCCGUUCGGCAAGUUCAAGGGCUGGAUGUACCGCGAGAUACCGGCUCCGUAUCUCGAAUGGGCCAUGGCGGAGGUGGAGGGCAACCCCAACUCGUCCAUGGACCUUCAACGUCUGGCAUCUUGGGCAAAGAGCGAGAAGACCAAGGGCAAGACAGUCCUCAGCAAGACCAGGUCCCUUGCAACGGACCCCGAGGCGUUGGCCAAGAUUCCUCCGCCCUCGGUCAAGGACAUGUUCGACAGGCCUUCGGGGAGCGAUGCCUCUUGGUCUCAGGUGAGCACGACUCGCUCCAAGGGGACCCCAGUCCGUCGACAGAUGUCGGAGGAAGAGGAGAUCAACCUUUUGCAGAGCCGUCUGGAAAUGCUCCAGGCCCGUCAGAAGAAGAGGGCGGUUGUUGAAUUCAAGGAUGCUUUUGAGUCCUUUGGGGUCCCUGAGAAUGUCAAGGUCCCAAAGUAUGCGGCAGUUCAAGUGGAUGCGCAGGUUUCCAAGUAUAAGGGUCUGGAUGACUCCAUCAAGGUGCCUGCGUAUGAGUACGAACUCGUUAGCGGCAGCGCGUCUGAUGCUGGGGACCUUUUGAAUGAAGAGCCCUUUGUCCCGGACAAGAUCUAUUACUCAAAGACUAUGAAUCCCAAGGCUUUGGGAACACCUGAAGAGCUCCGGGAAAGAGCACGACGCGGUAUCCGUCGUCGCAAGCGGAUGAAUGAGUCCAACUUCAAGAAGAUCAAGCGUGGGAUGGUCAAUUUGGCCUCAGUCCUCAUGGCUUGCACUGUGGCGGCUGCAAGCCUCACCCAGGAAAUUGUGACUGGUCCUUUGGAGGACACUUUUGAGGUCUUCAAGCCCUUCAUGGCAUACUGCAAGGGCGAUGGGCAGCGCGAAGUCGAUUGCCUGGAACUUUUUGCUGGUAGGGCCCGCAUCUCUGAGGGCUUUGCCAAGAGGGGCCGCGGCGUCUUGCAGCCCCGCGACAUCAAGUUUGGCCACGACCUGAGGGACAGAUCCACUCAGGAGCAAGUAUUGAAAGAGAUCAGUCAGCACAAACCUGGACUGAUUUGGAUGGCUCCUCCCUGCACCUUGUGGUGUGGAUUUAGCCACCUCAACUACAACCAACAACGGUUGCGAAGGCUUCGAAAGAAAGAGAUGGAGCUUGUGCACUUCGUCGCCUCCGUGGUUUGCCUCCAGCGGAAGCUUGGCGGUCUGGUAGUGAUCGAGAACCCUGCCAACAGCGACCUCUGGAGAACCGACGUUCUUCGAGACAUGAUUGGCUCAGGCAUGAGUUUUGCCCGAGCAGACCUCUGCAGCUAUGGUAUGAAGAGCUUAGAUGGCGAAGCAUUGUUGAAGAAGCCGGUGUCCCUUCUCACCAACUCUGCGGCUUUCAACGAGAACGUUCAGAAGGUAUGCACCGGUGACCAUGAUCAUCGAACAAUUCACGGAGCUGAAACGGCCCACUCAGCGACAUAUCCAACGGGCUUUGCCACGGCGGUUUUCCAUGCCUACAACAAGUCUUGCUCACAUGCCCACAGUGUGAUGACAGCCGAGGCUUCCUCUUCUGUCGAAGACAAGCCUUCUUCCCCUUCGGCUGUCGAAAGGAAACCGGAUGACGUGGAGGAACCUCAUGGUGCCAAAGCAAUUUCCUUCAAGGGCAAGGUGAGUCCUGAGAUAGCAAGCGUCCUGAAGAGGGUACAUCAAAAUCUCGGUCAUCCUUCAAACCGAGAUCUCAUCAAACAUCUUAGAAUCGCUGGUGCGGGUGAGAACAUCUUGAGGGCUGCCGAGCAGAUGACCUGCAACACUUGUGCCCGAUCCGGUCGUGCCCCACUUCACAAAGUGAGCGCGCCUGUGGUCGCCUUGGACUUCAACGAAGCGGUUGCGGCUGACAUUGUGUGGCUGGACACUGCAGACACCAAGAACAAGCCAGCACUGAACAUGGUGGACCUGGCAUCCACCUAUCAAGUGGUGGUUCCCUUGAAGUCCACCAAGUCUGAAGACGUUUCUGAGGCCUUUUCCUCUGGGUGGAUUCAGUGGGCUGGCGCCCCCAAGUUCGUCCUUGUCGACCUGGACAGUGCUUUCAAGGAUAAGUUCCUGGCCCUCAUGGACAACAAGAGUAUAGUCGUGAGGGCUGCAGCCGGCCAGGCCAUGUCAUGGGUCUCUGACGCCAAAAAUCAGCUCAGAAACCGCAGCGGAUACUCACCUCGACAGUGGGUGUUCGGCAGCAACGGACGGCAGCCCGCCGACCUCUUUGACAUGGACCAGAGCCAAGCCGAGAUGUUGGACUUGGCCAGCCCCGACGCCAAGUUCGAGAGAAGCCAAGUUCUCCGAGCUGGCGCUCGUGCGGCUUUCUUUGCUUGCCAGUCCAAAGAAGCCUUACAGCGAGCUUCCAAUCAUAAGCCCAGAGUCGAGAAGAAGAACUUUGAGCCUGGCGAUUUGGUCUACGCCUAUCGCGAGGUUAGGCAAGGAAAGGGAAAGAAACCCAAAUCCACCUGGCUUGGACCUGGCAUUGUGAUUGGUCGGGAAGGCAACAAUUUUUGGCUUUCUCGCGGCGGCAGAUGUAUUCUUGCCGCCCCUGAGCAUCUGAGAACUGCGCACCAUGAAGAGGUCUCUGAGCUCUUGCGCCUCAAGACCGCUAUGAAAGAGCUCAAGAGCCUGAUGGAGCAACCUUUUCCUGAUGAAGAGAUGGAGGUGGAUGAGGAUUUCUUAGAUCCUGCCCCCGAAAAACAAGAAUCUGGUCCCAUAGAAAUGGAAGCUGAGAACGAGGGGCCUCCAGAUUCUUCUCCUUUGCCUCUUGCUUGGGACGAAGCCGCUUCCCGAGAACAACAGAUCAGAGCUUCGGUACGAAGAGCGCAAGCUCUGGAUGAUGUGCCCACAGCUUUGAAGAAAGCCCGACUAGAAGCUCCCAAGGAAGUGUUCAUGGUGAAGCGAUGCAUUUCCGAGAAGGGCAAGGAGAAACAACUUGAGAAAGAGCUCCCGUGGGGCCUUAUUCCCUACGAAGAGAGACACUUGUAUCGAGAAGCCGAGCUCAAGCAGUGGAAAGAACACGUGGAAUUUGGCGCUGUCAGAGCUUUGUCCUUGGAAGAGUCUAGGCGGAUCGAAGCAACGAUACCUCCUGAAAGAGUUCUCAAUGCCCGCUUUGCCUACAAGGACAAGAACUAUGCUCUGCGCAAAGUGGAUCCAUCCAUCCCUUGCAAACCAAAAGCACGCCUUUGUGUAGCAGGACAUCGAGAUCCAGAUCUUCGUUUUGACAUGGCUGUGGACGCACCAACGACAUCGCGUCACAGCAUCUUGUUGGCCCUCCAACUUGGUCUUUCUAGAGGUUGGUCUGUCAGCGUGGGCGACAUCAGGGCUGCUUUUCUCAAUGGUGUCCCUGCUCCCAGACAGCUUUAUUUUCGACAGCUUCGUGGAGGAAUUCCCUCACUACAGCCUGGACAACUGGUGGAGGUUCUGAAGGGCGUGUUCGGUCUGAGCACCAGCCCCAAGCUGUGGUGGAUGAAGCUGUCAAAGGAUGUGCAAGCGAUGGUGAUUGAAGUGAGCGGUCGACGGAUCUUGGUGAAGCAGAACCCCAUUGAUCCAUGCGUUUUCCACUUCUACGAGCAAACCUCUCAAGCUGUUGUCGGCCUGCUGCUGACCCAUGUCGACGACCUGAUGUUGAUCGUCGAGCCAGGGUUGGAAGCAACUAUUCAGAAAGAGAUCAAGGACAAGUUUCCCAUAGACGAAUGGCAGAGCGGGAGUCUUGAGUACGUGGGUUGUUCCUACCACUGCUCUGCCAAUGAGAUCAAGAUCUCUCAAAAGGCUUAUGUUGAAGGACGCGUCGGCAAAGUGACUGCCAAGACCAAUGCUGAUGGAAGCGUCUCUCGUGAACAAGUUGAAGAAAAUCAGACAUCCAUCGGCAGUCUCUCUUGGUUAGCAAAACAGACGCGCCCCGACUUGCAGUUUGCAGUCUCACAAGCUCAACGUCAGCAGUCCGAUCCGUCCACCGACGACAUCAAAAAGACCAACAAAUUGGUGGACAUCGCCUUUGACCACAAGGAUCACGGCGUGACUCUCAAAAAGAUCCCAGAGAAACAGAUAGUUUUCAUUGCGUUUCAUGACGCAGCCUGGGCUAAUGUGAGCGCCGAAGACCCUGACAUCGGCGAUUCCAACUGGAGCGGAGAUCACCCCGUGGCAUCCCAGUUGGCACAUGUGAUCGUCGUCAGUGACAAGAGAGUUUUAGGAGAAGAACAUGAUUUUAGCUUGAUAGACUGGAGAAGCAAGUCAAGUCAGCGUGUAUGCCGAUCUUCCUUUGCUGGUGAGACCAUGGUUUGUUGCGAGGCCGUAGCACAUGCAGUUUAUCUCAGAUCUCUCUUUCUCUCCUUUGCUUCUGGUUGCAUGGCUUCUGAAGUUUGCGGCGGAGAAAAGGCGCCUCUCCAUUGCAUCACAAAUUGUAAGAGCCUGUUUGACCAUUUGCACAGAGAAGGAACCCCCAAGGCACCUUCAGAAAAACGUCUUGCGAUAGAUUUGGCAGGGCUGAGACAGAUCCUCAUGAGAGAAGCCAAGCAACAGUUUGUCUCAGAACAUGGACCUGAUCUAGAUCCCACUCCUGAGCGCCCUUGCCGUCCUCCUAUCCACUGGGUGCCUACUGAGUUGCAAUUAGCAGAUAUUUUGAAAAAAGAAUUGAAGUCUGCCGAAUGGUGGCUCGCGAUGGCCAAAGAUGCGCGGAUGUCGGACGAGCCACAACAGUUCAACAUCGCCACACCACGCGACAGUAACCAGGGCCCCGCGUCAUCCAUCGCCCACUGCCCUUCCAGCGCAUAUGAUCCUUCGGUUAGGAGUGGGCCGGGGGAAUUGCCAGAUGAGGUGUAUUCUCUCUUGAACAGAUUCCCACGUGCAAAGGCUGAUCUCGCCAGUGUUUUUCUCAUUGCUCGUGACAGCGGCGAUGACCAAGGGCAGCCCACAUGUGUGAGACCACCGCAGGAAUGGUUGGAUGACUAUGACACUUGGCUGCGCAAGCAAGACCCGCAGGUGCAACAGGACUUGGCAAACGUUCCAAAACAACACAUCGUUUGGCAGGUGGACGGAAACAUUUACGGCAGACAGCCAGCAGCGGCAGCAUAUCGACAGGAACUUGAGAACAUUCUGUUGCACAAACUUGACAGUGCAGAGUACAAGUUUCAGAGAGGCAAGGUUGACGCAUGUGUGUACCGUUGCAAGCUGUCAGGAGUCAUUUUGAUCCGUCACUUUGAUGAUUUCGAUGUUUGUGGUCCAGCUGAGGCAGUCAAGGAUUUGUUGGAAGUCCAACUCCCAAAGUUCGGAUGUAAACUCAAGGUUGGAACACUGAUUUGUGUUUGGUUGUACAGUGAAGAGCCCAAUACGCACAGUUUCAAGGCGCAACAACGAUGCGGCGAACAGGAUUCCACCCGCCGCCAAUGGCAGGCCUACCGUUUCGAACGUCUUGUGACCACCAAUUUGCUGAAAUGGUAUGCCUUCACCACAUCGGCGAACAUUUGA